AAUGAUAUGGAAUUAGUAUUAUUAUUGGAUUUACGUAGUGAAGAAUUUAUACGUUAUGCAUUGAUAUUGGUAUUUGCAGCAACAUUUGGAUUCGCAAUAGUCGGUUUCUCAUUAUUAUCACGAUUGAAUGUCUAUUCAAGAUGUAUGAUACCAUGUCUUGAACAAAUGAUAUAUGAUCAUAAUAGUAGUAGUCAUAUUAAUCGUAAUAAAAUCGUACACAUACGCAUAGAUCCACGAUAUCCAUAUCAUUGUCAUCUACCAAUACGUUUAAUUCUAUUUCGUUUGAAAUUACUUGAAACACAUGUACAGCUAAAAACAGAUAUGAUCGGUAUUCGUUGUGGUGAUAUAUUCACCAUAACAAGGGAUGAUAAUUUUCGUAGCCUUUUAUUUUUCUUCGUCAAUGUUAUACUAAUUUCAAAUCUAUUUCAAACAUAUUUUUAA